AUGCAAAUCACUUAAGAUAUGUUUAAAUGGUUGAAGUCAUUAAAUGUAAUCUAAAAUGGAAUUCCAAAAUAAAAUGGGAGAAUUGAAUUAGAUCCUGAAACCACAUCAGCCUUCUACAACGGUUUCAAGAUGUCAGAACUCUUAGAUAAAUUAGUAGGUACUUACAAUUAACAAAUCAAAACACAAACUAAUCCCACAGCUAGAUUGUAUAAUUGGAAUAUAAUCACAGAACGAUUACAUUAAAUUAAAGUGGAAUUGGAUACUGAAAUUAAGAAAUUAAUUAUUGAUGGUGAUUUAGAAAUGAUUGUUGAAGUCUUGAAGGAUAUACAAUCAAAAUUCGUCAAAGAAAUCACUUCCAAAAUUGAAAACCCAAAGAAAAACUUCGACAUUGAAACUCUCAAUUCUGCAAAGCCAAUAAGUUCUUGUGAAACCGUAAUUGAAUAUGUAAUCGUAGCCUUGAGUCAGAAUCUUAUCUUGAAACCUAAAUAAUCGUAAUAAUUACUUAAUAACAAUUUUAAAUUACUUACGCAUGUCUUUAUUAAAGGAGUCAAAGGGUAGUACAUUUAACUAGUAACACUACUAUAAGAAAUAUAUAAUAAUAUGCCCAGAUUAAUUGAACUCUUAAGGGAAGAAGAACAUCAAAUUGGAUUCUUUGUUUCAUUUCUUAAACUCUCUAUAUUCUCUAAGGACUAAGAAGUUGUCCAUUGGGGAUUAAGAUUACUUGGUAAAUUAGCAUAUGAUCUUGCAUAAUAUGACUUGCUAUUUCAUAUGUUUUAAUGGUUAUUAAGUUCUGGUUUAUCUAGUCUGAUUAUUACACUCUAAAGAUAACCCUAAUUGGCUGAACCAUUAGCAACUGCCUUAACUUAAAUUGCAUAUUAUGAUUAUAGUCAAGUGUUUGGACAAUAGAAAUAUUUCGAGAAUCCAAAAAUCCUAUAUAGAAUUCUAUGGAGCAUUGCUUCCUUAUUUGAAUUGUGA